AGAGACGUUUAUAGGAUUAAAGAAUUUACAAACAAUUUUGUACUACGAUAUUUGAUAGAAGUAAGGAAGCCUACGAAGCUCCAAUACUUUUUUAAAAGUAUUGUAGUCGUUCGAAUUGAAGUAAUUUGCAAGUUCAUGUCUGGUAUAUUACAUUGCUUGGGAUUAUUGCAUCUGAUGAAAUAAUAAGUUUACUUUUAGGUAAUUUGUAAAAAAAAAAAAAAUAAAAAAAAAAUUGUUAAAAAUGGCUGCUGGCUUGGCCCAAAUCAAUGCCGACACGCUGGCCAAAAGCAUAAAGCUGAAGCUGCCCGGCUUCAGAAUCAGUGGCCAGGACCUGAGAACGCCCAACAGAGACACUGUGGUCUCGUACUACACCACGUUGAUGGAGGAGUUUGGGGUGGACUUUGGAGCGUCGGCUAACAUCCACGACAUGAACCACGUCAUCCAACUGUACAGCGUUGUGUCAUACGUACUUUCGAACCUGGGAAUCAAGUCCUUCAACAUCGAUGACAUCAUGAACCCAGACGCCAAGCGCACGCUGAAGUGGUGCGUGGUGCUGGACAACUUCCACAACUUCGCGGACGAGCAGGCGCGCGAGGUGCGCGGCAUGCAGGAGAGACGCUCUGCGCGCCUGGCCGCGUUCAGGCAGCUGGCCCGCGCCAAGGACGAGCUGCUGGAGCGCGAGAACCAGCGCGCGGUGCGGCGCGAAGUCCGCGCCGAGCAGGGUCGCCAGUUGCAGGCUCACAUGGAGGAGCUGCAGGCGACCAAGGCCGCGACCGUCGGGAAGCUGCAGCAGCUGCGGGACUCGGCCAAGAUCAUCGAGGAGAAGCUGGCGCCCGCUCGCGAGAGAGUGGACGAGCUCACGGCUAAUGUGGCUCAGGUGGGGGCGGAGCUGGCCCGGCUGGAGGCCAGGGUGGUGCCCGAGAGCCCCGGGGAGCUGCGGGGGCAGGAGGCGGCCCUGGAGGCGGCGCGGGCCGCGCAGGAGGGAGAGCUGCGCGCGCAGGGCGAGGGGCUGCAGCAGAAGGAGCAGCGCACCCGCGCGCUCGCGGCGGAGCUGGCGCGGCUGCAGGAGGCCGGCCUCUCCCUGGAGCGCGCCUGGGCCCUGCUGUGCGAGGAGAGGAAGGCGGCCGCAGACCUCCAGCGCGUACGCGAGGAAGCAGGGUCGGUGGAGGCCGCCUGCAAGCUGUCGCGCAAGCAGCUGCGCGAGGCGAGCAAGGAGCGGACCAAGCUGCAGAGGCAGCACGACAAGGCCAAGGUCAACGUGGAGGAGAAGACACGCGCUUUCGAGGAGGACCUGGCCAAGCUCAAGCAGGAAUUUUCAGACUUGCAGAAAUCGCUGGAGCAAAAUGAUACUGAAUUGGCAAAAGUCAGUGAUGAAACUAUAGCAGUGGAAUCCAAGAAGGAGGGCGAAGUAGAAGCAAUUAAGGCAGAGGAUAAGGCAUUAAAAGAUGCUUAUGAAAAAUACCAACUUAUGGUGAAAUCUUAUGCAGAAGCAGUUCUGAAAGGCCUGAAAAUUUUUAGUGAUGCUGCAUGAAGAAUUUGUAUGCAGUACAUAUGUUUAUACUAAUGGUAAUGUAGUUGCAGUCGUGUUGUAUCCUGUUUUGUAACUUAUUUUAUGUGUAAGUAAUGUGAAUUCAGAAUAAUUUGUUUCAAUAAUAAUAAUUUUAAUUUUUUUUAAGUGAAACUUUUUUGCUGAGGGAGCUACAAUUUUCAAGCAUUACGAACAUUCCAGUCACAUGAGGGGAUAAGUUAGGUGUGUAGUGGGGGGGAACUAGUAGUGGAGGAGAAUGCGUCAGCGGGAACCAACGCAUUUAUUAUUGGCAGAAUGGAAUGACGUCAAGGAGGGGGGGAUAGGCACGUCGCGUAUUAUGCUAUAUGCUAGUUGUAACGGCCAAAAUGGGAGACAGCAGGGGAGAGGUAUAAAUGACGCCACAGUGAUGCUACAGAAUUCUCGUAACGCUGCUAGUGUUUGUCUACUCCUCAGUUUUCAUAAAGGCACCACCAUAUUUAUUUUACAUUAAGUAUCUACAAUUUUUUUAUUUGUGUGGAAAAGAGUUAUUGAUUUGUCCCUUUAACUUUAUAAUUAUCUCAUUUUUAUGUGAAUAGUGUGAUUGAAAAUGUAAGUAAUUUAUCUCUAUCUAUACUUGAUAUGCAAUAAGCGUCACUUCUCUUGCACAUUAACUCAACGGACACUUUUUUUAAAUAUAAUUUCAGCAAAUAUCAUAAAAUUAUACAUAUAGUACAUUGUUUUUAAAAAUUUGUGGAUUCCUUAUUUAUCAUUCGUAGAUUUUAACUUACAGUAGGUACCUAUUUGAGUUAAAUUAAUGUCAAAAUGUUUUUUUAAAAAAUUAAAUGGAUAUGCAUCUGU